AUGAUCUUCCCAGCGUACUAUGAUACACCGACAUGUAGCGGGCCGUCCAAUGAUCGUCGUACUUGGCUAUAUCUCCUCUCAUCACGUCGCGUAUCUAGGAUGUCAAUCAUGUUGGCUAGGAACUCAGACGCGAGGACAUGGACCUCCCUUUCGAAAGAGCAUCGCCAAUCAAGAGAAGUUGUCGCUCCACCUCAUACUUCGUGCAAUCACGAUGCACCGGUACCGGUUGUGACCACCAAGCUUCCAUGCUUCGCGAUUGCGAUAACGGUUUACAUCUAUAUCUGGGGAAGAAGGGCCUGUACCGAUGCGAAACUCCUAAUGUUGUUCCGUAUCCUCGGAAGCGCCUAA